AUGUCCUCGGUGGGGAAGGUGACCCAGGUUCCCAGCGGGAAACUCUACCAGCAGAUCUUUGAGGCUGAGGCGCAGCUGGUGCGCUCUCUAGCAGCCUCCAGGAAGCAUGCCUUGGAACGGUCUAUGACCCCCAAGAAUGGCAGGAAGCCCUUGAUGAAGAAGAUGGAUAUUCCUGAAGGAGAGAUGAUGUCUUUCCGGCAGCGGAAAUGGGCACACAGCUUACCCAAUGACUGGGUCACAGAAAACCCUGUUCUCUACAGGGAAAAGGAAAUAAUCAAGAAGAAAAAAGCUGAAGAAAGUGAGAGUACCAUUGCUGCCAGAGAGGUCCGGGGCCUCAUGGACACCAUCGUUCCCGAGAGGCCCUGCACCCCCACCCUGGGCACCAAGGGAAUGGACUCCCAGAGGCGGGACUAUGAGAGUGCUCUGGGGAACUUUAAGAAGGAGAUCGCCCAGAUUGGGAUGGAAAUGGAACCUUUCAUUUUGGAGCCAGGAAUGCUUCUUAUGAAAAAGCUGGCCGAGUCGGCUGAAGACAUCAACCAACUCUUCAAGAAGGUGGAAAGCAACACCGACCUCAAAUACUACACCAUCGAAACCCUGCUGGAGCUGUGGGAUCAGGUGGCUGAGAAGUUCCAGUUCCAGAAGCAGGGGAUCAAGGAGCUGGAUGAGGCCCUGUAUAAGGCCGAGUUCUCUCGGGCAGAUAAACUCAAAAGCGUGCUGAAGAAGUAUGCGGAAAUCAUAGAGAAGACUUCCUACCUCAUGCAACCUGACGUGUACAGGCUGAUAAACAAGGAGGCCAUGGUUAUAAACCAAGCCCUCCUGGGCAACCGGAGGGCCAUCGCCCAGCUGUUCAUCAACCUCACGGAGGCCACGCUGCAGCAGGAGCUCCACAGCCACCGCCACUGGCAGAACCUGGUGGACGCCUGGAAGGAUCUCAAGAAGCAGGCUCUGGUGCAGAGUUUCAGUGAGUUCAUGGCCAGUGAGAGGAUCCAGGCUCCUCCAGGUGUGAGGAAGGAGAUGGAGAGCAUGCUGAAGGACCAGAAAGCCCUGCAGCAGAAGCGGCUGGAGCAUCUCUGCACCAUCUGUGACCUUCUACCCCCCAGUUACAGCAAAGCUCAGCUGACUGAAUGGCAUUCUUCUCUCAACUCCCUCAAUAAGCACCUUGACACCUGCCACAUAGACAGCAUGAUGCGGAUCCGCCUGCAGUACGAGAAGACGUGGCAGGAGUGCCUGGCCCAGGUGCAAACGUGCAAGAAGCAGCUGCUGGACUGCAAAGCCUUCACUGAGGAGGAGGCAGAGAGCCUGGUGAGCCCAUACUUCUUCCAGAUGGUGGGCGAGCUGCAGAGCAAGGUGGAGGAGGAGCUGGAGCUCUUGGAUAUAUCCUUCGAGGGCCUGGCAAAGCAGACAGAAUGGCAGAGCUCAGAUCUCUUCAGCUACUUCCAGGAGGCGGUGCAGCUGUGGGAGGCACAUCAGAGCGCACUGUCGGUGCUGGCUCUGGAGCUGGAGAAGAGGAUGGAGCAGCUGAGGCAGAAGCGCAGCCUGGACGAGAAGGCCCUGGAAGCCCGCCUGGAUAAGCUCUUGGACCAACUGAGGCAGCAAAGCGACGAGGAAACACUGAAGAUUCACCUGGAAAAGGCCAAAGAUUUCCUGAAGAAUAUGAAAUCCAGGUAUGAGUGUUUCCACAAGCUCCUGACAAAGGAAGCGACGGAGUACCCAGUGAUCAUAGUGGAAGAACUGAACUCCUACAGCUCCGCCCUCAGCCGACACUUCUACGUUCGGGAGAUCUUUCAGCAGACUUUGGAUGGGGAAGUCAUUUUCAAAUUCAGGGAACCAGAAGUGUACGAAAAGCACUUCCAGGAGAGUAUGAGAAGCUGGAGAAGCAAACAGAGGGCUCAAGUGGAAAUGAGCAGAAGUGAGGAAGGUGAAAGUAGCAGGACAAGUCCCUCCAGUCCAGCAGAAGAGAUGGAAGAAGAUGAUCAAGAAAUUGAGUCUUCCUUAACUGAGGAGAUGGCAGUGAACCAGCAGGAACCGUCUCUACAGAGUGACAAGAUGGAUGAGUCCAGUGAGGAGUCAGUUAAAGAAUCAGAAAAAGUACAAGUUGAACGAGACAGCUCCUUAAAACCAUCUCUGAACCAGGAAGAUAUGAUGGUUCAAGAAGAAGAGAUAGAGGAGGAGGAAAAGGAGGAAGAGGGGGAAGACAAGGAAAAGGUGGAGGAGAGGGAGGAGAAGGUGAAGAGGAAGAAGAAAAAGGAGGAGGAGGAGGAAAAGGAGGAGGAAGAGGAGGAGCAAGAAGAGGAAGAGAAGCAGGGGGAGGAGGAGGAAGAACAUGAGAGUUUAUUUAUAGAAGAGGCCGGAGCCCAGGAAGAGAGUGUGGAGGAAAUCUCCCAUGAUGAGGACAUGGAGUCCUUCAUAACCUCCAGUGGACACACUUAUUUUGUCUUCCUAACCCUGGAACAACAAGAAGAGAGUUGCAAGAAACCCUAUUCCAACCUUUCUACCAUUCUUGUCAAUGACAUUUCCAGUGCCAGCUUCCUAGAACAAGUGAUCAUUCCAUCCAGACUAGUUUUACAAAUUAAGAAACAACUUCGAGUUGGCCUUUUUGAGCACCUAGAGAAGUGGUUUGACCAGUGUGUCCUCAAAACUCGGGUCAUGGUGGCCACCAAGAUCAAUGAGCUGGAUUCAGAAUUGGAGCUGCAUCAGCAUCUACAUGAGCCAAGAGCCAAGUGCAUUGAAAAGGACAUCCAUAACGUCAGGGCAGCUGAGCUCUUGCUUCACCAAGAGCGGCUGGACAGCCACUGUGUUGGGGUGACAGAGACGCUAAGGAAGGAGAAGAUGAUGUUCUGCCAGUUCCAAGAAGAGCAAAACAUAAAGAGCAAAAACUUCCGCCGCAAGAUUUACAACAUGGAACACAUCUUCUUGAAUGCCACAAAGAGCCAGAGGCUGGUUAGUCUCAGCAGCACGCUGCACCGGGAGCUGCUCAGCUAUGUCGACGUCAUCCAGGUGUCCCUGCGCAGCUUCCGCCAGUACCUGGAGGAGAGCCUGGGCAAGCUUCGCCUCACCAACAUUGAGUUCAUCAAGCACUGCAGAUUGUUUUCUGAGGGAGGCAACUUUUCUUCUGAAGAAAUCAAUUCGCUGUGUCAUCGACUGGAGAAGGAAGCUUCUAGAAUAGAGUUUGUUGAAAGUUUAAUCAUGAUCAACAUGGAGAAGAUGGAGAGCGAAUACCUGGACCAGGCCAAUGAUGUCAUCAACAAGUUUGAAAGCAAAUUCCAUAACCUGUCUGUGGACCUUAUUUUCAUAGAGAAAAUCCAGCGGUUGCUAACAAAUCUGCAAGUAAACAUCAAGUGUGAGGUUGCAAAAUCCAAUUUGCAAACAGAUGGAUUAAAUUCUUCUCUGGAACAGCUCCAAAGGAAAGUAGAAAUGUGUCGAAACUCAAAGGGAGAUAAAAAAAUGGUGACCUCGGAAGACCUCCUUGGCUUCGUCCAGACUUGGAAAGAGAAACUGGGCCAGAGGAUUCAGUACCUCAACUGCAGGCUGGACACAGCGUCCAUGACUCAAGUGGUCUUUGCCGACAAUGUCAUGACAGACCUAGAGGUGGAGAGUGACAUCAUGGUGUCUUCAGAAGCCCUUGAAGAGGAGGCCAAGGUAGACUUGGUCACCCCCGAGUCCUUCGCCCAGCCGAGCCGCAUGGGGAAGCCCAUGAUUGAAGACCCAGCUGUGGAAGUGGUCAAGAAUAUCCUGCAACUUCCCGAUGAAAAAUGCUCAACCCAGCCAUGUGACAAAGACCGGUCCCAGACAGGCUUGAAGCGACACCAGAACCAGGGGGAACAUGUCGUGAAGAAAGCCCAGUCCAGUGGCAGUGCCACUUCAACGGCAAGCAUCACACGGUACUCCAAGCCCAACCGAAUGGACAGAAAGUUCCAGGUGCUUGGGGAGAAGCCACCACCUCCAGCUGAGGACUUUAAAGGGAUCAUCCUGACCCUUCUCUGGGAGAGUAAUGAGCAUCUGUUGAACGUGGUAGAGGAGUUCUAUCGCAGAGAGAAGCGUUCCAUCACCAGGCCUGACUGCAUGUAUGAAAACUUUGACCAGUGCGCUGAGAACAUCUGCAAGAAGAUCCUGGAGUACCACAUGCAGGCUGAUGAGUACCAUAACUCCUGCCUCAUAGAAUUGCGGGCCCAGAUGAGGAGAUUUGAGGAGCUGCUGCCCCAGGUGUGCUGGCUGGUGAUGGAGAACUUCAAGGAAAACCACUGGAAAAGAUUCUGUGUCUCUGCCGAAGAGAUCCGGGGACAGUUCCGGAAUUAUCAGGAGAAGCUGGAGAAAGGGAAGGAUGAAAAUGCCCAGAAGCUCCAUCCAAAUCUUGGACAUCCCGCACAUUUCCAAGAAAUGGAGUCUCUGUGUCAAGUGGAAGAGAAAAGGCAGAAUGAUUUAGACACCAUGAUCGUGACAACCAGGGAAAAGCUUGAGGAAUUCACCAGGAGGUACGGCCGGCAUUUCAUAGCCAACUUGGCCUCCUUCACCGAGAAGUUCCUGCUGCAGUUGGAUGAAGUGGUCACCAUCGAUGAUGUCCGGGUUGCAAGGAUGGAGUCCCCCAAACAGAAAACAUCAAUCCUCAUACGGAGGAAACUUGCUAGGCUUUCCCUGAAGGAAGAAAGUGAGAAGCCCCUGAUUGAACGGGGGAGCAGGAAGUGGCCAGGAAUCAAACCCACCGAAGUCACCAUCCAAAAUAACAUUCUCCUCCGGAAAACAUCAUGCAUCACCACCACCAAAACGACCCUGGGUCACCUGGCAGCCGUGGAAGCCCGAGAUGCUGUCUACCUGAAAUAUCUAACACUGUUUGAAAAGGAGUUGAAGAAGAUCCAGGAGGACAGCAUGUUGCAGGUGAAGGAGGCUCAGAGCUGGAAGGACUGCUGGAAGCGCUCCGUGCUUACCAUCCAGGGCCUGUACUUGUGAUACCCUCAACCCACCCCACGUAAAGGCUCAUUUUUACUAGAUUCCUUCUCUCUCUGUCUAUCCGUCCAUCUAUCCAUCCAUCCCUGCUCUGUACCCAGCUCUGUAGCUCCAUCAGUGACCAGGACAUGGUGUGGUCUCUGUCCUUGUGGAGGUCACUUCCAAGGAGGAGGACGGAGGGGAAAGGGGAGUUCCACGUGGUUAGCAGGGAUGGUGGGUCACAGGCGUGGGCCAUUUAAAAGAAAGACCAGCACUUCAGAGGACGUAAUUCCAAUAGGCAUGCUUGGCACUUCAGCUUGGAAAACGCAAUAAUUAAAAUGUAUGAGCAUGAA